UUAUUUACCUUUUGAUUUUCAAUCUUGUUCAUCUAAGAAUCGCAUCAUUAACAAGUUAGAAUCAUAUACUUCGCUUAAGUAUUAGUUACCAGAGAUAGGGUUGCAAUGCCAUAUAAAUAUUAGCAGCGAGGAUCCAUCUUAGAUCACCAAAUUCAUACCUCCUACAAUCAACUCUAUACUUUCAGCUUUGCUUUAAUCUUAUCCUCAAUCAAGACGAUGGCGGAAGGGGUCCUCUUCAACAUUGCCGAAGGAAUCAUUGGAAGCUUGCAGAAACUUGCUCUUGAAGAGAUGGGAUUGCUUUACGGUGUCAAAGAUGAGCUCAAAAAGCUUGAGAAGACAGUUACCAAAAUUAAAAAUGUUCUUCUUGAUGCAGAAAAAAAGAAGGCCAAUCAUGGAGUCACAGAGUGGCUGAAAAGCCUAGAAGAUGUAAUUUAUGAUGUUGACGACUUGCUAGAUGAAUUCUACACUGAAGCUCGGUGGAGACAAAUGGUAACUGGAAAUAAAUUUUCGAAGAAGGUACGCCUAUUUUUCUCAAGCUCAAACCAACUUAUUUUUCGGCUAAAGAUCGGUCAUAAGAUAAAAGAAAUUAGGGAGACGCUUAAUGUGAUUGAGGCUGACAAAAGGUUUCAAUUCGAUGAGCGUCUCGAAGAGGCACGAUUUGUAAGUAAAGAGAGGGAAAGUCACUCAUUUGUCCGUAAGGAAGAAAUCAUAGGGAGGGAUAAGGAUAAAAGGGAAAUUGUAGGACUUCUGUUAGAUCCUAUUCCUAUAGAGAAUGUGUCAAUAAUUUCCUUAGUUGGGAUUGGAGGUUUGGGAAAAACUGCACUAGCCCAACUUGUUUUCAACGACGAGACAGUCCAAAAACAUUUUGAGUUAAAAAUAUGGGUAUGCGUCUCUGAUAUAUUUGAGUUGAAUGUGCUUGUUGCAAAAAUCACUAGUAGGACACCGGGAAACCUUGAGUUGGAUCAAUUGCAAAAUGACCUCCGAAAACUAAUAGAUGGAAAGAGAUACCUCCUUGUGUUAGAUGAUGUAUGGAAUGACAAUAGGGAAAAAUGGCUUAGUUUGAAAAGCUUGUUGAUGGGUGGUGCAAGAGGUAGUAGAAUAUUGAUAACCACUCGUAGUGAAGUAGUUGUAGACACAAAUAAGCCAUAUUUCUUGAGGGGUUUGGAAGAAAAAGAAUCAUGGUCUUUAUUUAAGCAAAUGGCCUUCAAAACAGAACAAGAGUCAGAAAAUCCAAGUAUUAAGGCAAUUGGGGUAGAGAUUGUUGGAAAAUGUAAGGGCAUCCCACUUGCUAUAAGGACCAUAGGGCGAAUGCUCUACUCUAAGAAUAGGGCAAAUGAAUGGUUGGCUUUCAAGAAUAACGAUCUUUCAAAAGUAAAUCAGGAAGCAAGUGAUAUUUUACCAACACUUAAGCUAAGCUAUGAUAUCCUCCCAUCACAUUUGAAACAUUGUUUUGCAUAUUGUAGCUUGUUCCCUAAAGAUUAUGAGAUUGAUAGAAAGACAUUGGUUAACCUCUGGGUGGCACAAGGGUUUGUUAAGUCUUUAGAUCAAAAUGAGAGUUUGGAAGAUGUUGGUUAUGAAUAUUUUUUGGAAUUGGUGUGGAGAUCUUUUUUCCAAGAGGUAACAUAUGAUGAGUUUGGUAUGAUAAGUAGUUGUAAAAUGCACGACCUCAUGCACGACCUUGCAAAAUCAGUGUCUGGGAUGGAAAUCACCAUAGUAGUUGAAAAGGAGGAUAAUUUUUCUGAAAAUCUUCGUCAUGCGAAUUUUUCAAUUGGUCCGUGGUUAAGUAAAACAAUUCCUACGUCUUUGCUAAAGGCACAUAAGUUGCGGACAUUUUUCUAUAUUAGCAAAUAUUUGUACAGUUUUGGUGAUGAUGGGUCUAAGUCAUUUUGCAAUGCAAUUGCUUCAAAUUUCAAGUCAUUGCGCAUGUUGAGUCUGAAUGAAUUGUGUAUCAUAGCAUUACCAAAUUCCCUACGUAAACUGAGACAUUUAAGAUAUCUCGAUCUUAGUGGAAAUCGCAUUAAGAGGCUCCCGAAAUGGAUAGUUAGACUUCAGAAUCUACAAACCCUAGAUCUGUCACGUUGUGAUAAGCUUGUGGAACUGCCAAGAGACAUUAAUAAAUUGUUCAAUUUAAGGCAUCUCAUGGUAGUUGGCUGCGACAGAUUGAAUCAUAUGCCGUAUGGAUUGGGAGAAUUGACUUGUCUUCGGACAUUGGAUAGAUUUGUUUUGAGUGAAGACGGUUGCAUCUCAAGGGGCGGUGCUGGGCUUGGCGUAUUGAACAGGCUUAACAACUUGACGGGAAAUAUGAGCAUUGAAAUGUGGAACGGGAAAGAUAUGGUGUCAGAAGCAAACUCUGCAAAUAUGAAGGAAAAACAGAGUCUUACUUCGUUGUCUUUGUGGUGGAAGGUAAAUACUACAGGUGACGUCAAUGAGGCUGAAAAUGGUGAAAUGUUAUUGGAAGCACUGCAACCUCAUUCAAAUUUGAAAGAGUUAUCGGUGUAUUUUUUUGACGGUGUGAAGUUUGCAGGUUGGCUUUCUUCUCUCACAAAUAUUGUUAAUCUCAGUUUGAAGCACUGCAAAACAUGUCAGUAUCUCCCGCCGUUUGAUCAUUUACCUUGUCUUAAGGUUCUUAGACUUGAUGGGCUUAAUGCUUUGGAGUACAUUUCAGAAGCUUCAUCGUCGCCAUCACGAAGUCCAUUCUUCCCCUCCUUAAAGGCAAUUUACCUAUGGAAUUGUCCUAAUCUCAAGGGAUGGUGGAAGCAGAGUGCUCUAAUUGGCUCCCCAAUGACAGAGUAUGAGCAUCAGCAUAUACAGCAGUCAUCGCUUUCAUUUCCCUGUCUUUCUCUAUUAGAUGUCUUGGAUUGUCCUAACCUAACUUCCAUGCCACUCUAUCCACAUCUUGAAGACGGGCUGUGCUUGCAUAAUACCAGCUUGAAGCCAUUAGAAGAGACGAUGAUGAUCGGUGAUGAAGACAUUUUGGCACCAGCAGAAACAACAUCAUCUGCUUGUACAUGUUGUUCCCUCUUCUCUAUUUUCUCUCCUUUAGACUCUGGAGCAUCUGACCCGCAUGUCUCCGCUUCCUCCUCUUCUCCUCUUUCCAAAUUAAUAAGUUUGGCAAUUGAAGGCAUUGAGGAUAUAGAAUGUGUUCCAGAGAGAUGGCUGCGCAAUCUCACUUCUCUCAGGAAAUUGAGUUUGUCCCGUUGUCGUAGACUGAGGGGUAUACCUUUGUCCCCAUCUCCGAGCGUCCAACAUCUCACCGCACUUGAUUGUCUAGAGAUAAAGCGCUGCAACGAGCUGGAUUUGUGGAAGGAGGAUGAGAGUUUCUUGCAGUGGAAAUCCCUUAAGAGCCUUCGUACUCUAUGUAUUUAUAGCUGUGAUCGUUUGAUAAAGUUGCCGGAAGGAAUAGGUAACCUCACAUCCCUUUCCGAACUAGUCAUUGGAUUUUGCCCUAAUUUAGCAUCACUGCCAGAAGGGAUGUGUCGCCUCACCUCUUUAGAGACACUGCGUAUUUUCUACUGCUCCAGCUUAUUAAGGCCAAGAUGCGAGAAAGAAAGAGGUGAGGACUGGUCUAAGAUUGCUCACAUCCCUAAUAUAAGCAUUGACCAUAGAGAAGUUUUUUGACCAGAGAGAAGUUGGCGUCAUGGUCAGUGAAUGGUGAUACGCUGAUCGUCUGAUACUAAAUCAGAACCAUUCAUUCAGUUAACCGAAGCGCCCUUUCUAUGUUGGUGGCUCAAGAUUCGUUCCUGGUUGAAACUUUAUGCUUGCAUCUCUACAAUUGUUUACGCUCGCACAACAGUGUGGUGGUGUAUGUGUAUCAAAUGGUUGCAGCCUGCACUUCUUUUACUUUUCAACUUUGCUCUUUUCCUUGUAUAUAUCUUCUUUGUUUCAUUUCAAGAGGGGUAAGGUUUAUGUCCCCCCUUCUUUUUCAUGUAAUUUUUCUCUUUUUUUUUUAUUUUUUUUAUUUUACGAGGGGUAAGGUUUAUGUCCCCCCUGACUAGGUGUACAUUCUUUUUCGUUAUCAAUAAAAUUUCCCUCGUACCGUCGAGGUUUUAUCAAAAGAAAA